UUCACCACAGAGGUAUUUUACGCAUUAUUUUUCCAUUGAUGUGUGCUAGAAUGUGUGUACGACAGGGACAGGCAUCGUGAAUCCAGGGCUGGGCAUAUGGCUAUAGUUCCUAAAGAAAUCAGGGCUCACCUCACCGUGCACGGGUCUGGAACUUGAACGAAGGGGAGCGAGGAGUGAGUCUGUGAGUGGGGGCUGUGUGCGUCAUGUGCUGCAGCGCCUGGAGGCAACACACACAUUGGCUACACACACAGGUUUCGGGACAGAGCUUUUCUCAGGCAUUCAGCGCUGAAUUGAUCGGCUCUAGUCGCUUAGUAGACUAUAGUCCAAAAUACUGGCGGAUCUGGACGAGGACAAUUUCGUGUUCUGAUCUCUUAAUCUCUUUUAAAAAAAAAUCUAGUCAUUUCUACUUUUUCUAAAGAAAAGGGGGGGCUAUUUCCUCCCUUUCCAUCCAUCCAUUCUUCCAUCUUUCCCUCCCCUAAGGGCCGCUGGACGGAUAGCCGAGGAGGCCGUGCAGCGCACUUGUUCAGGAAGGGGAGAAAGAGGACGGACAGGACACUGUUUUUUUUUCCAGCGGGCAGAGGCACUCUGCUGGGAGGGGUUGGUGUUCGACUUUCACGGCUUCUGCACUGCGCUCGACCCGCUUGUGGAGAUCACGAUGACUGGUGGCGAGACACCGGAGCGGUGGCGGAUGCUCCCCACUCUGCUAUGGUGAUGUUGCCCGCGUCCAAAUGUCCCCUCCUCGGAUGAGACCACGUAUGAAUGGACGGCUGUGCAGGUGAUGGAGAGAAUAUGAUCAUUGUGUCGAGGGGGACAUCAUUUAAUUGUCGAUUCAGCUCUAAUAUUACCCUACAUUAUAUUACAAACCACGACGGAUUUCAAUUAAAGAUUAUUAUUGAAUGCAAAUGAGAAAAAUCAACAAAUGUUCACAUUUAUCCUUUUCGUGUAUAAGGAUGCCAGUUCAUCUUUGCGCGCGUGUAAAGCGAGUGUGAGGUGGCGGGAGACAAAUUAGCCAGUGUACCAAACAUUGCGGAUGUUACAAAAUAAAUAAAUAAUUAUAGAUUUUAGCUAUUUUUUCCAACAUGUUUUGGUGUCUGAAACGUACCAUGGCAAUCACGACCAACAUGCCCGGUUGAGGGGAAAAACUUGGUGGAUUUAUUUUCUUAUUUUGAUAAUCUGAUUGAUUUUAAUAUUGUGCUGUGGUCAUGAUGACAAUACAACAUUUUAUCUUCAAGCGAAGCACAAGGGGCUUCUGAUGAGCCUAUCGCACCGUGGAAAUGGUUCGGGAGAAAACGAUGGAGCAGCCAUGGAGAACAUGAAACAUUUAUACUAACUCAUCUUGGAAUGUCCCCAAUCUGAUAUCCCCAAUAUCCCAAAAGAGCCUUACUCUUAUUUUUUGGACAUCUAAAAACGAACUGAAGAGGAAUUGUGAAUCCUACUGCACUGAUAGUCGUGCAACAAGCCAAGCUAUCCAGCCCACCCCCACCCCACGUUGCAUUUUUUUACACCUGCACUUGACCAUUAGCACUAACCACAGAGAGAGACCAAAAACUAUAUGGCGUCUUCAUCUUGUAAAGGCCGCACCAUAUAGGCUACUGCCCGGCAACUCUCCCCCUAUGCAGGUGGAAGAAGCAGAAUAAAACAGUUGAGUGUCUGAGCAGUCCGCAGGCAGAUGGGAUGUAAUGUUGUGUGGUCGUGCUGAGCAUUCGCCUCCUUCUCAGCUACAGCUGCUUUGUAAAGAUUUGGUGUCCAGAGAAUGGCGCGGUUCGAAAACGAGAUGCCGUCCAGGUAUGGCGGCGGCCACGGCCAUGGACCAGGGCAUGGGCAUGGACCUGGAGGCCCUGGCCGCGGCGGCAGUCGGCAGGGUGGCCCGCCUGGAGGCCCCGGGGGACAGCGGGUCUACAAGCAGUCCAUGGCGCAGAGAGCCCGGACCAUGGCCCUGUACAACCCCAUCCCGGUGCGUCAGAACUGCUUCACCGUCAACCGCUCGCUGUUCAUCUUCAGCGAGGAUAACUUUGUGAGAAAAUACGCCAAAAAGAUUACAGAAUGGCCUCCGUUUGAGUGGUUGAUCCUGGCCACCAUCUGUGCCAACUGUAUUGUCCUGGCUCUGGAGCAACAUCUGCCUGAUGGAGACAAGACUCCUCUGUCUGAACGCCUGGAUGACACUGAGCCCUACUUCAUAGGGAUCUUCUGUUUUGAGUCAGGCAUUAAGAUCCUGGCUCUAGGAUUUGCCUUCCAUAAGAACUCCUACAUAAGGAACGGAUGGAAUGCCAUGGACUUCGUAGUAGUAUGCACAGGGAUCCUGUCUACAGUGGGAUCGGACUUCGAUUUGCGGACUCUGAGAGCGGUCCGUGUACUGAGACCCCUCAAACUGGUGUCUGGGAUACCCAGCCUCCAGGUGGUCCUCAAGUCCAUCAUGAAGGCUAUGAUUCCACUGCUGCAGAUCGGCCUGUUGCUAUUCUUCGCCAUCCUCAUGUUCGCUAUCAUCGGCCUGGAGUUCUACAUGGGCAAAUUCCAUACUACCUGCUUCGACAUUCACACAGAUGAGAUUCGUGAGGAAGUUCCGUGUGGGACCGAAGCCCCGUCGAGACUAUGUCCAAACGGGACCACGUGUCGAAAGUAUUGGCUGGGGCCUAACUACGGCAUCACCCAGUUUGACAACAUCCUGUUUGCCGUGCUCACUGUCUUCCAAUGUAUUACCAUGGAGGGAUGGACUGACCUGCUCUACUAUAGCAACGAUGCCUCAGGGAGCGCGUGGAACUGGAUGUACUUCAUUCCCCUCAUCAUCAUCGGCUCUUUCUUCAUGUUGAACCUGGUCCUGGGUGUACUGUCUGGGGAGUUUGCCAAAGAGAGAGAGCGAGUGGAGAACAGGAGUGAGUUUCUAAAGCUGAGGAGACAGCAGCAGAUAGAGAGAGAGCUCAAUGGAUACCUGGAAUGGAUUUGUAAAGCAGAAGAAGUGAUCUUAGCAGAUGAUGAAGACCCUGAUGCCUUUGACGGUAUUUUCCCAAGCACCCGCAGGAGACCCACCAUCAAAAACCACAAGAACAAAACAGAUCUCCUUAACCCAGAGGAUGGGAAUGGAGACCUGGCACUGGGUUCUCCCUUUGCGCGGGCCAGUCUGAAGAGUUCAAAGCUGGAGGGCUCUAACUUCCAUAAGAGGGAGCGUCGUCUGCGUUUCUUCAUCCGACGCAUUGUGAAGACCCAGUAUUUCUACUGGAGUGUACUGUGUCUGGUGGGACUUAACACCAUGUGUGUGGCUGUAGUACACUAUGACCAGCCUGAACCACUCUCAGACUUCCUCUACUUUGCAGAGUUCGUCUUCUUGAGUAUCUUCAUUUCUGAGAUGGGUAUAAAGAUUUAUGGACUGGGGUCACAGCCUUACUUUCACUCCUCCUUUAACUGCUUUGACUGCAUUGUAAUAUGUGGCAGCAUAUUCGAGGUGCUGUGGGGUUUUAUCCAGCCUGGGACAUCCUUUGGUAUCAGUGUAUUACGAGCUCUAAGGUUACUGAGAAUCUUCAAAGUCACCAAGUACUGGGCGUCUUUGAGGAACCUGGUUGUAUCUCUGCUCAACUCCAUGAAAUCCAUUAUAAGCCUGCUCUUCCUCCUCUUCCUCUUUAUCGUCGUCUUCGCUCUGUUGGGCAUGCAACUCUUCGGAGGACAGUUUAAUUUUGAAUCUGGCACUCCCUCGACCAACUUUGAUACUUUCCCUGCAGCAAUAAUGACUGUGUUCCAGAUCCUGACCGGAGAAGACUGGAACAUGGUCAUGUAUGAUGGAAUAGAAUCUCAGGGAGGAGUCAACAACGGGAUGGUCUUCUCAGUCUUCUUCAUCGUGCUCACACUUUUCGGCAACUACACUCUGCUGAAUGUGUUCUUGGCCAUUGCUGUGGACAAUCUGGCCAACGCACAGGAACUCACUAAGGACGAGCAGGAAGAGGAAGCUGCUUCCAAGAAAAAUGCUUUGCAAAAAGCCAAGGAGGUGGCCGAAGUCAGCCCUCAGUCUGUAGCCAACAUGUCCAUAGCGGCCGAAAAAGUAAACAGCACAGGUCACAACGCUUCCGACCCCUUUCUGGACUGUAAGGAGCAGCAGAAGAACAAUAAGGGUGGUAAUAAGUCCGUGUGGGAACAGAGGACCAAGGAGCUGAGGAAACAGACUCUAAUGACCAGCAGAGAGGCCCUCUACAACGAACUGGACCCAGAGGACCGCUGGAAGGUGAACUACUCCCGCCACAUCCGUCCUGACAUGAAGACCCACACAGACCGCCCUCUAGUGGUGGACCCCCAGGAGAACCGCAACAACAACACCAACAAGACCACCAAAGAGCCUGACCCCCGCCUCAGCCAGCAGCACGCCGACGAGCUGGUCCGCAAGCAGACACAUGUCCACGAGAGAGGAGGUGGGGGCUCAGGGUCUGGUUCAGGCCCUGGAAGGCCUUACGAGCGGGCAGACUCUACGGAGAGCCGCAGGAGCCGUAAGGAGAGCAAGGAGCACCAGGAGCUCCAACACCACCACUCCUCCCAUACCCGCCUAGAUGCAACGAUGCUGGGACAGAGUGGAGAGGAGAGGCCCCAGAGAAGGCACCACCACCCACGGGGCCAGGUGGGAUCAUCGGAGCACAGGAAACCCCGCCAGCACCGCAUGCCCCCAGAGGACGAAGAGGGGGGAGGUGGAGGUGGUGGAGGAGGAGGAGGAGGAGGGGAAAGGCGACACAAGAGCAGGGGGACAGAAGGAGAAGGCGAGGGGGAGCAAGAGGGGGGUGAUGGAGGUGAAAGGAGGCAGAGACGGCAUCGCCAUGGCACUCAGUCAGGGUGUGAUGGUGAGGGGAAGAGGACGCGGCAACACCGCAGGAAGGAUGGUCCCAACCUGUCCACCACACGGCCCAUCCAGAAGAGCCUCUGUAGACAGGACAGCCAGUACAGCGAGGACAUGGACAAUGUCAUGAACAGUAAACUGGCCACCAGCCAGCCCAAGCUACACCCAGGCUACACCCAGCAGCCCUGCCCAGCCUCGGGCCUCCCCAGCCCAGCCAACCACACUACCCCAGGCCCAGGCUUCGGUCCUGCAGGCCUCAACACUCACCUGACUAACAGCAGCUCCCACCUGGGCCUAGAUGGAAGCCUGGUUCCUGCAUACGGAAGUAGCACCCGGAUACCGGACCACACGGCAGUGGACAUACCACCCAUGUUUCCUUCCCACAAUGCCAUAUUGCAGGUCAAUAAGAAUGCUAACACGGAGCCUCUGCCUAAGAAGGAGGAUAAGGAGGAUGAUGAUGAUGAGAAGGGUGAUGAAGAUGGACCCAAACCAAUGCCUCCCUAUAGCUCCAUGUUCAUCCUCUCUACCACCAACCCGUUCCGGAGACUAUGCCACUACAUUGUGACUCUGAAAUUCUUUGAGUUUGGAAUCCUGUCUACCAUCGCUAUGAGCAGUAUCGCCCUGGCAGCAGAAGACCCCGUCUGGCCAGAAUCACCUCGCAACAAUGUUCUGCGCUACUUUGACUAUGUGUUUACGGGAGUGUUCACUUUUGAGAUGUUGAUUAAGAUGGUGGAUCUGGGCCUGGUGUUGCACCAGGGCUCCUAUUUCCGUGACCUGUGGAACAUCCUGGACUUUAUAGUGGUUAGUGGUGCUCUGGUGGCCUUCGCCUUCACGAGCAGUAGCGGGGGAAGCAGUAAGGGGAAAGACAUCAGCACAAUCAAGUCUCUGAGGGUUCUGAGAGUGUUGCGACCUCUGAAGACUAUCAAGCGUCUUCCAAAGCUCAAGGCUGUGUUUGACUGUGUGGUCAACUCCCUGAAGAACGUCCUGAACAUCCUCAUCGUCUACAUGCUCUUCAUGUUUAUUUUUGCUGUGGUGGCCGUGCAGCUGUUCAAAGGAAGAUUCUUCUACUGCACUGACGAGUCCAAAGAGUUUGAGCGCGAUUGCAGGGGCGAAUAUCUAGUCUAUGAGCGGAAUAAUGAAGUGAAGGCGCAGAAGCGGGAGUGGAAGAAGUACGAUUUCCACUACGACAACGUGCUUUGGGCCCUGCUCACCCUCUUCACCGUUUCUACCGGAGAGGGGUGGCCGCAGGUGCUGAAACAUUCAGUGGAUGCGACCUAUGAGAAUCAGGGCCCGAGCCCGGGGUACCGGAUGGAGAUGUCCAUCUUUUACGUGGUGUACUUCGUGGUCUUCCCCUUCUUCUUCGUCAAUAUCUUCGUAGCUCUCAUCAUCAUCACUUUCCAGGAGCAAGGAGACAAGAUGAUGGAGGAUUACAGUUUAGAGAAAAACGAGAGAGGCUGCAUAGACUUCGCCAUUAAUGCCAAACCGUUGACGCGACACAUGCCUAAGAACAAGCAAAGCUGCCAGUACCGCAUGUGGGAGUUUGUGGUGUCGCCGCCAUUCGAGUAUACAAUCAUGGCUAUGAUCGCGCUCAAUACUAUCGUACUUAUGAUGAAGUAUGACGGAGCCUCUCCGGCCUACGAGGCUGUGCUGGCCAACCUGAACAUCGUGUUCACCUCGCUGUUCUCCAUGGAGUGUGUGCUCAAGAUCAUCGCCUUUGGAGUGCUGAAUUACUUCAAAGAUGCCUGGAACAUUUUUGACUGUGUGACAGUCCUGGGCAGCAUUACAGAUAUUUUAGUGACUGAGCUCGGGAUGAAUAACUUCAUCAACUUGAGUUUCCUGAGACUGUUCAGGGCUGCCAGGCUCAUCAAACUGCUCCGGCAGGGAGAAACCAUCCGCAUCCUGCUCUGGACCUUUGUUCAAUCCUUCAAGGCGCUGCCGUACGUGUGCCUGCUUAUCGGCAUGCUGUUCUUCAUCUAUGCCAUCAUCGGGAUGCAGCUGUUUGGGAACAUAGGGAUGGAGGAGGAGGAAGGGAGCGCCAUCAACGAACACAACAACUUCAGGACUUUCUUCCAAGCUCUCAUGCUGCUCUUCAGGAGUGCCACGGGCGAGGCGUGGCAUGACAUCAUGCUGUCGUGUCUUGGAGGGAAGCUCUGUGAUCCUCUGGCAGGGAACACUGAACCAGAGUGUGGCAGCCAGUUUGCCUACCUCUACUUUGUGUCCUUCAUCUUCUUCUGCUCCUUCCUGAUGCUUAAUCUGUUUGUGGCUGUCAUCAUGGACAACUUUGAGUACCUGACCAGAGACUCCUCCAUCCUCGGCCCACAUCAUCUAGACGAGUAUGUCAGGAUAUGGGCUGAAUAUGACCAAGCAGCUUGUGGCAGGAUCAGUUGCAGGGAUAUGUAUGACAUGCUCAGGCAUAUGAGCCCUCCGCUAGGCCUGGGGAACAGGUGCCCGGCACGGGUGGCCUACAAGAGGCUGCUGCGGAUGGACCUCCCGGUCGCCGACGACAACUCAGUCCACUUCAACUCCACCCUGAUGGCCCUGAUCCGCACGGCGCUGGACAUCAAGAUCGCCAAGGGUACGGAAGGAGGUGUGGACAAACACCAGAUGGAUGCGGAGCUGAGGAAAGAGAUGAUGGCGAUUUGGCCCAAUCUCUCCCAGAAGACCCUGGACCUCUUAGUCACGCCACAUAAGUCAGCAACAGACCUGACGGUGGGGAAGAUCUACGCUGCCAUGAUGAUCAUGGAGUACUACAGGCAGAGCAAGGCCAAGCGCUCUCAGGCGCGGCUAGAGGCGGAGCAGAAUCGAACGACAUUACUGUUUCAGCGCGUGGAGCCGCCCUCCCCCAUCCAGGACGUGCCUCUCAGCCUCCCUCCUACCCAACCGGCAGACCCCGUCAACACCCUACCGGUGGAGGGGGGGGUUCCAGAGAGCCAGUCGUGGGUGACAGUGCGGGCUCAGGAGAUGUCCCAGAGAGUAGGCAGCUGGAGUCCUGAGGGACAGCACUCUGAGGAUGGCCUGGACAGCAGGCAUAACUCGCAGACGGUAGAGAUGAGAGAGAUGGGGCGUGACGGUUACUCGGAUACCGAGCACUUUCAGCCAAUGGAAGGCCACGGAAGGGCCGCUUCCAUGCCACGCCUUCCAGGCGACAACCAACAGCGAAGGAAAGGGAGGCAGCGUGGAAAUAACCUCAGUACUAUAACAGAUAAUAGUCCUAUGAAGCGCUCGGCCUCCUCCCUUGGUCACAGUCGAUCUGGGAGGGGCCAGAGGGAAAGGGGGGGGGGCGAUGAUUAUGCAAUGGAGUAUGUGAUCCCCGAGGAGGGCGGAGCACCGAGGCACAGCCACCGACGCCGUGACCGAAGCCACCGGGCCUCCGAGCGGUCACUGUGUCGAUAUACAGACGCAGAUACAGCAGGACUGGGCACAGACUUGAGCACCACCACUCAGUCAGGUGACCUGCCACCCAAGGAGAAGGACCGUGACCGCGACAGAGACCGCGGUCGGCAGAAAGACCGCAAACACCACCACCAUCACCACCACCAUCACAGCGGCUCUGUGGACAAGGAGCGCUACACACCAGACCGUGCCGACCGCGCCGACCGGGGGGGAGAGCACGGUGGUCACAGACAGCCCCGAGGAGACAGAGACUACGACCGGGAUAGGGAGCACGACCGUCGCUGGUCACGGUCACCCAGCGAGGGCAGAGAGUGCAUGACACACAGACAGGGCAGUAGUUCGGUGAGCGAAAGUCCCGCUCCCUCUACCUCGGGGACCAGUACCCCGAGACGAGGCCGUCGGCAACUCCCUCAGACCCCGGCAACGCCCCGCCCACACGUCACCUACUCUCCUGUCGUCCGUAAAGCCAUGGCCACACCUCCCGGAGCCCAGCCCCUGGGGCGCAAUCCCGCCCCUCACCGCUUUUCCCCUGAGCCCCCCCAGGGACCUUCCCCACCCCACCAUGGCUCACCCAACCAAGCCUGCCACCUCCCUCCCCGCUGGGGGGACGGGGGAGGAGAAGGAGGAGGAGGAGAGAGUGGGUCGCUGGAGGGCGACGGCUGCUUCUACAACCAAGAUUACCAGGAUUACGACCGUGAGCACCACAAACCGCCUCCCUACGAGCAGAGCCCCACACAGGGCAACCCUCACAAACCUCACCCCCUCAACCACCCUACUCUCCCCGUGCUAAACCAUCCCCCAACCCCACAGCAGCAGCACCCUAUCAACCCGCACCCAAACAACCCCCACCCCAACAACCCCCACUCCCGCACCUCGCCCAGGACUUCCCGCCACGCGCCCCCACCCAACACCACCCCCACCCACCAAGGGCAGCAGCCUCCCCCCACUCGACGCCUCCCCAACGGCUACCGUGCCUCUUCCCCCUCCUCGCAACACCACCACGGCCCCACCCACCCCGGGCCCCACAAGGUCCCCCCUCCCCAGCCUAGAGGGCCCCGCACUAAAGACCUGCACGAACCCUACAACAACACGGAUGACAACAGGUGCUAGCCUCUGGAGACUAUGGAGGGAUGGAUGGAGGGAGGGAGUGCUCAACCACACUGUCUGAGUUAUCAGUCCCUACCUCCCAGCCCAGGAAAACACACAGCCAGAUCACUGAUCACCAUGAGACAGGGGAAACCAAGGCAUGAUUCUUUCUUUCCUUAUUUCCGUUUGUUUUUCUUUUCGUUUCUUCUGCUGCUCAGUGUUUCCCGGGGAUGGAGGGAGUGAGGAAGGGGUAGUUAGAAUAAAGGGAUGAGGAGGAGGACCACUGAAGGAUGAGUGGAAAUUAGUGAACAGGGUAUGGAGUACAAACCAAUUCCUCCUCCAAAAACAAUGGAACCCAGCUCAUCAGAUGCAAGGAGACAAAAAUGGAUGAUUUCAAAAUGGAUGAUACAGGGACGGAUGCUUUCCUCAACGUAUCAUGAUGCUACGCCUCUGGAAACAAUAUUAAAAACCGCCACAACGACCAAGACGUCAUCACGUAAUCAACGCAAGAAACUAUGACAUUGCGGAGAACUAAGUGGAGUUGCGUUAGUUGCAAAAACCAACCACCAACCCCGAUGAUGGGGAGAUAUUGAUGAGUUUUAUCAUCUGUGUUUACUGUUAAUAAUGACAUCAGUGAUGAUGAGCCUCUCACCUGAGUGUGGUGGGGGGAGUGGGGGGGACACCGGGACACACACCCUAACUCUGAACGAGAGAGGGGGUUAUGUAGGCGGAAUUUAUCCAUUCCAACCCCCCAACCCCCCCAAAAAGAUUCCGCCCCAACCGAGUAGAGAAGAAACAUAAAAAAGUGGAUGGUGAACAUUAAAAAAAAAUUUAUUCAGUAUUUCUUCUUCUACUCCUGCGGCUGCUACUUUUCCCUCUUCUUCUUCUUCUUCUUCGAAACAUUGAAGCUUGAUUCUUCUGUUGCACCCGCACAGCUUCGUUGGAACUUGCAGAGUUUAAAAACCUGUGGAAUCCUGCAUGAUUGAUACAAAAAAAAUGAUAACAAAGAGAAACUACUGUAAUGUGGGGGAAACUAUCCCUGGGUCCUUUCUAUAUUAGUCUGUGGGGUUCUCUCUUUUUCCUGUAAUCCCUUUGUUUCUCUCUCUCUCUCUCUCUCUCUCUCUCUUCCUGUGCUGGAUGUAUAAUCAGGAUAGUUAGGAUGGAUGGAGAGAUGAGGCGUCCCUCUCUCUCUCUCUUCCUGUGCUGGAGGUAUAAUCAGGAUAGUUAGGAUGGAUGGAGGGAUGGGGCGUCCCUCUCUCUCUCUCUCUCUCUCUCUCUCUCUCUCUCUUCCUGUGCUGGAGGUAUAAUCAGGAUAGUUAGGAUGGAUGGAGAGAUGAGGCGAUGAGGAAGAGAAGCACAAGGUCCAAGCCUUUUUUAUGCGGAGGGACAGGAUUAUCUAUUUCCCACUUUGUUCUUAUUGAAAUGCUCUGUGCCAAAUUAUAACUGUUGAUGUGGCUGAGAUUGCACAGUCAUUUUCAAGGAAGUAGAUAUUUUGUUAGGCAGGAAAGUAUGAAAACACAGACCCCACAUAUUAUAGGUUCAUAUUAAAAGGGAGUUGAAACUGGGGGAGGAAGUUACAAGCACGCUCCAUGGUCCUUAUUGGCUCUUCAUCUGCUGAUGCAUAGCCUCGUUCAAACCAGAGAUAUGUCUCUAGUCUUCCAGGGUUUGUGUUUGAAAGAGCGAUGAAAAGAGAGAGAGAGAAAGAAAGGCCGAUGAAAGGAGGGAACCUCUUCAUCUUUCGUUUAUUUGUUAUUAAUAGUGAUAAUGGUUCUAUAGAUACUGAUAACAAUACUAUUGAUGAUUAUGAUAAUGACGAUGAUGAUAAUAAUAACGAUGAUGAUAAUGGUGAUGAUGAUGAUGAUGACGAUGUUCAUGCUUGUGAGAGAGAAUUAUUUUAGUCUUGUAUUUGUGUUUGUUACUUUCGAGUCGGUUGUGCUCAGCGCGUCACCAUCUUUGUUUAGUGAGACGUUCUGUCUGGUUGGUGGUCCACUGGUCCGGCUGGUGGGCGGAGCUUUGUCAGAGAGGUGCAUUGUGGGAACAGGAGUAAUCAUAGUAAUGACUCUGAUGCAGUGUAAUACGGUGGGGAAGGGAAAAGGAACUUAAAAAGGAACUCAAAAAAAAGAACAAUGUCAAACAUCAUACAGGAAAUCAUGUAUCUGACAUGUAUACUUGUUCAUUGGACAGUUGUUUACAUAUAUUAAUAAUUUGGGUAAAUAUAGGGCAGCUAAAUGGUCUUGCUUAGGUAACGGGGUCUACAGACUAAAGUAGACCAGAUAAAGCAGUUAUGAGACAGAGCUCCUCUACCAGUUUGGCCCUCUAGGUGGCACUGUAUGCAAUACAUUGCAUCCCUGUCCUAUUGCAUCAUUGUAUCACCCCUUCUAUUUUUGACUGUCGGAUUCCAAUGUUUUCGUAUCUGUCUUUAAACUGGGAGCAUAAGGUUUAAGUGUUGUCUGUCACUGGUGGAUCACCUCCUUUGUGUUCAGGACAUGUAACACAGCCAAUCACAAAUGCACAGGACAUGUAUCACAGCCAAUGAAAAUGCAUGGGAGAAACAAUGACUGGGUCUUUUCUGCCAAACCUCUGUGUCCUGUGUCACCCUAUUCUCUUUUUGUGUGUCUUUGUGCGCCUCAACCUAACAUCCAUCCUAAUACCCACCACUGUCCCGUACAGUGUCUCUCUCACAGUUGCCGGACUUUGAGGAUUGCCAUAGUGAACCAUUAAUUUAUUAGAAUUAUGUCAUUAUUAUUCUUAUUAUUACAACCCAUGUCAAAACCAUUAGCGUCAACAAACAGUGUUUGUUCACGGCUGCCAUAGAUAUAGCGCAGUUAGAUCUGCACAUAUCUGGAUUCUGAUGUACUGUAAAGACAUAUCCCAUGAUUCUAUGUACCUCACUUUGACCAGAAAGUGCACAGGCACAUUGCCUUUACAGUAUUCAUCUAACGUAGGAAUGUCAUAGACGUGUAUAAGUCACAUCACAACACUGAUAAGAUAGGAAUACACAGAUACACUGUAGCAAGUAUGCAUGUAUGUGCGUAUGGCGUGUGUGUUUGCGUGUGUGUCUGUGUAUGAAUGCGUUCUUUUAUAGCAAGAAUGUGUGUACAUUGAAUGUGUGUGUGUACAUCAAUAGCUAGCUGUUUUUGUUGGAUAUUUCAUUUCAUUUGUUUAUUUGCUUUGAAUAUUUUGUGAUGACAUUUGAGUUGGUAAGUGUGUGUGUGUGUGUGUGUGUGUGUGAGUUAGCCUGUGUUUGUGAGCGAGUGUCAGAAUGUUUGUGUGUCUGUGUGCAAGAUGAAAUAAGAUGUCAAUCACCCUACAAUUGAAACUAUGAGAGGCCCUAACAUUCACUGUCAAUCAUUGUGUCCUGUACUGACCAACCAUCCACUAACAACACAUAUUCUAAAUAACCCCACUGUUACUUCAAAAAGCAAUGUAUGAGCUGCUAUGGAAAACAUAGAAAUAAAAGCAUUUUAAGUACCAAAAAAAUACCAAAAAAAGGGAAAAUAUCUACUUCCAGAACUGCAUGUGCUAUGUGCAUGCCACACCGUGGAUGAACAGUCAUCUUCAGGAAUCAAAAAAUAAGAAUAUGAAUUCAGAUUUUAAAAAAUAUAUGAAUAUAGAUAGAUGUUUUUACUAAGCAACAUGUUUUCUUUCUUCCUUCUAUUUUUGAGAACAAAAAAGGUUAAAAAAAUAUAUAAAAAAAAAAAAACAUCAGCUGAGAAUCGAAGUUGGUUUGUUUAUUUAUGUUGCCAGCUGUUAACUGUAAACAUGGAGGUGAGACACUACACAACCAUGUUCAGGACACUACAAAAAAAAGAGAACUCCUGUUUUAAAGAAGAGAAUCAAAUUAAAAGAGAUGGGGAUAUCCCUGCCUACUUUUGGAUGGGGCCAGGAGCCAGCCAAAUCUGAUGAUGUAACCCUUAAAACUCUGGCUGUGGAAUCUUUUAUCUCUCACUCACUCCCUCUCUAUUUCUCUCUCACUCUUAUCUCUCACACUCUCAACCUAUCUCACCGCUAUUUCUACCCGUGCAUUUUGUAAUUCCAGACAGAAUUCUUCCUAAUGAAUAAAAACCAGAGAGAAUGCACACUGUU